GUCUACGCGGCUACAGAGACAUACGAGUCUUCUACAUCAAUUUUGUUUCUGAAAACACUUAGGAAGAGUUUCGCUUUUUGAAGAAACCUUUCUUGUCAAAACCCCACAUGGAUAGAGCGGCAACGGUGUGGUUGCUGAACAGUCUACGUCGACGCAAACACAACAUUCUGCUCACCCGAUGUGUAAUUUAAUUUUUUUUUGUAUAAUACGAAAGGAGAUGGCACUUGUGUUAGUCAGCAUAGUUUCUACCAGCCUAGUGGUUGGGGCAAUGGAUUUUUCCGAUUCG